AUGUCCCUAACCCAUAUAAAUAUCCUAUUAGCAUUUACUACAUCUCUCCUAGGUCUGCUUAUAUAUCGAUCUCAUUUAAUAUCCUCACUACUAUGCCUAGAGGGAAUAAUACUCUCCUUAUUUGUCCUUGCCACUAUAACAAUUCUUAUUACUCACACAACUCUAGCUAGCAUAAUACCCAUUAUUCUCCUAGUAUUCGCAGCUUGUGAAGCAGCACUUGGAUUAUCUCUAUUAGUAGUUGUAUCUAAUACAUAUGGAGUGGAUUAUGUUCAAAAUCUUAAUCUUCUCCAAUGCUAA